CGAGCCACGCUCCGCUAUCCUCGAUCAGUUGGUGCCCUAACUUGAAAAGCGAACACCUCACAGAAAUGGAGAGCCGUCUAACAUCAACACUACUUGCAGCUUUUUUGCUGUGCGGUUUCAGUAUUCAAGUAUCUAUAUGCAAACAGGAUGAUGCGUCGUCAACUUGCCGAGACGAGAGAAGUGACUGUGACUGGAUCGCUAAGAAUGUUGUAAACCUCGGAGACUACUGCACAAAAUGGAAGAACGACCCUGCCGUCAUGAAAUGUCGUAAGACAUGCGGAAUGUGUGGCAACAAAAUGCCAGCUCCGCCAUUACCUGAGAUUGAGGAACCGAAACCGGAAAUUGUGCAACCGGAACCGGUGACUGCAGAACCGGAACAGGAAAUCAAGUUCCCAAAGCCAGAAACUGUGGAGCAAGAGCUAAAACCCCAAACUACAGGAGAGAUGACAGGUUUCGAGAAGGAAUGCCUAGACGCGCACAACAUGUACCGCGCCCGCCAUGGCGUACCGCCGAUGACCUGGUCACGUGACCUGGCACGUGACGCACAGAGCUGGGCAGAUACCCUAGCACGCGAAAACAAGUUCGAGCAUGACUCAAGCCUUAAAAAACUUGGGGAGGGCGAGAACCUGGCCUACUUCGCGCCGGCAAACCGGAAAUGCAAGGGACCGGAAGACACGUGGUGCGUGCACUGUGGGGAGAUGGUUAAGGACUGGUAUGACGAGAUCGCGGAUUACGACUUCAACAAAGGAGCCGGCAAGGAUAGGUGGUCAGUGGUAUUGCACUUCACCCAGGUUGUAUGGCGUGGUACCACACAGGUGGGCGUGGCUACAGCGGUUUCCCCGGUAACCAAGAAUUUCUACACAGUGGCCAGGUAUAAAAUUCCUGGAAACCAAGGGACCAAGGAGGACUUUAAGAAAAACGUGCCUCCGGUCGAACAUGUAGCAUAAAGUAAUAUUCCACCGCGUGAUUCAAAGCCGAACUUAAUAAGUUUCUGCGCAACCUCCGAUUGCGUGCAAAUAAAAAGUCUAACAAAAUGUAACAGCCCAUCUGUAACAGUUCAUUAAUAAAUAAAGAAACAUUUACUCUA